GACAUGUAGUGACUGAGUCGGGCGACGACUGUAUUCAGUGUCCAUUCCAUGGCUGGAGGUUUGCCGGACGGGACGGACAGUGCAAACGCAUACCUAAUCUCAACGACUCUGAAUGUUGAGUUAAAAGCAGUGAAACCAGUGGUAAAGAAAUGGUCAACAAUUGAGAGGAAUGAAGUGAUAUAUGUUUGGUACCACUCGGAGGACUCGGAGCCCGACCACUACCCCGAGGAUGUUGAUGCCAAAUACGGCCACAAACUAUCACUUAAAGGCUCGCGUAUUAGAAUUAUGGACAGUACCUAUGAUGUGGCCGCCGAGAAUGGUGUAGACCUAGAGCAUUUUAAUUACAGACAUACAUCAAUCAUACCACACAUAACGAGCGUAAAAGUCUCGUUCGACACGACCUACGGCGCGGACAAUGAAAUGGCCGGUAGGCUUACCAUCUGUCUAUUGGGCGUCGAGUUGGUCACUGUAGCCACCAAAUUGUGUAUCGUUUCACCCGUGUUGGUCGCGCUACUCAUUGGUGACGGCAACGCGAUGCUGGCACCUGUUGACUCGGAUAUGAUGAUCUGGGUGAAUUUCCAGAAGCCAAAGCGCCCAAUAUAUACGCGCAACGAUGAGCUAAUUGUCUGGUAUCGGCGCUAUUGUCAACGCUUUUACACGAAAUAA